CUUCGCUCUCAAACCGCCAUUUCGCUUUCCCAGUUCGAAUGUCCGAAGCGAUCUCCGAGAGCAUUUCCCUCUUCCGCUCCCAGCUCGAGAACCGAAGAUUCGGCGAUGCAACUCUCCGAAUCCUGGAAUCGGUUCUGGUCGCCAAAGAUGUUCGAUCGCUUCUAGCUACCAGAUCGGCCCUGCGAGAUCUCUUGAGAUCCGAGGCCAUGUCAGUGGUGCGAGAAAUCUCGCAGAAGACGGCCGACGAGAAGCUCUGUGUUGUUGAAUUCUUUGUCCGGGCGUUUGCCCUUGUUGGGGAUGUGGAAAGUUGCUUGGCUUUGAAAUAUGAGGCCUUGGUUCUACGGGAGACUAAAUAUCUUAAAAGUCAUGGCCUUCAAGUAUUGCACGAGGAGUGGCUAACUUUUGCCAAGGACUCACUUGAUAAUGGAUUUUAUGCAAUUGCUAUCAAGGGUUUUGAAAGUGCACUUAUGUGCAUUCAGUCUAACAAUAAUAUCAAUCAAGUAACUGUCACAAUGGAGGAGCAGACUGUCAACAAGAUCAAAAAAUUAAGAGACAUGGCCACAGCAUUAGUUGCUUCACAUUCUGUUCAGACACAGUCUGCUGAAUACUUGAAAAGGAAAGCCAUUCAGGAAGACCCAAAAUGCAGUUCGUGCUCAGCCAACACAAGUUAUGUUGCAAGUUCGAUGUUCCGACAAGGGAUUAAGAGAAGGAACAUGCAAAAGCUCAAUCAAAGUCAGGCACUUUGAGAUUCACUUGCCUUUUUGCCAAUGUGGAAACAAGCGGUGACAUUUCACCGCAUACCCUUUCUUUUACUGCGAUAGUUGGGAGUCGUAACACUCUACAAACUACUAUUUUCUGACUUUAUUAGAUGUAUUCAUAUACAUAUACUAUGAAAUAUCUACUUUAACAAAAAAAA